AUGGAGCCUUCCAGCGCUAAACGCUUUGAUCCCCUGUCCAGGUCUGGAUUCAGCGUCCUAAGGUUCCCACCAGCUCAGACAUUCCAUGUCCUUGUCCAGCCUUUCCUUUGGCGCUCUGUAGCCCCAGCGUUGCUUUAUGAGUCCUUCGCCCAGGGCUACCUGAUUGCGGCCCCUUCUGUGUUCCGUUCAGGAGUAGAGGAGGUCAUUAGUGUGACAAUCUUUAACUCGGUGAAGGAAACCACUGUGCAGAUUCAGCUAGUGGUCAAAGGAGAGGCUGUAGCUCGGGGCCAUGGAACCAUUCUUGAUAAAGGAACCAUCAAAGUCAAGGUGCCUUCGGGUCUCCGUGGCCAAGCCCAUUUAAAGGUUUGGGGUAAUCGCCACCUGACGGAAGAUGGCUACAUCUUUCACAACUACACCACGGUGACGAUUGACAGCAAAGGAUCCUCUGUGUUUAUCCAGACAGACAAGCCUCUGUAUAAGCCCAAGCAGAGAGUGCUCAUAAAUUUAUUCAUGGUCUCUCCAGAGCUGAGACCGGUCAAUGAGAAGCUGGAAGCCUACAUAGUGGACCCUCGGGGAUCUCGGAUGAUCGAAUGGAACAGCCUGAAGCCCUUAUGUUGUGGUAUCGUCAAUGUAAGUUUUCCUUUGUCUGAUCAGCCUGUCUUUGGCGAGUGGUUUAUUUUUGCUGAAAUGCAAGGGCAUACAUACAACAAAUCCUUUGAAGUUCAGAAAUAUGUGCUGCCCAAGUUUGAACUCCUCAUUGAGCCACCUCAGUAUAUUAGGGAUCUUGCAGCCUGUGAGAAGGGGACUGUUCAUGCCAGAUACACGUUUGGGAAACCAGUAACUGGGAAAUUAUUGAUCAACAUGACUAUAAAUGGCGUGGGUUACUAUAGGCAUGAAGUGGGACACCCUGUCCUCAGAACAAUGGAGAUACACGGCUCUGCGGUCUUUGACGUGUGUGUGAAGGAUAUGAUGCCCGCAGAUGUCCCAGAGCACUUUCGAGGCACUGUCAACAUCUGGGCGACGGUGACCAGUGUGGAUGGCAGUCAGCAGGUCACGUUUGAUGAUUCUACCCCUGUUCAGAAACAGCUCAUUGAGAUCCGAUAUUCCAAGGAUACCCGAAAGCAGUUCAAACCUGGGCUGCCUUACAGAGGAAGGGUGGAGGUGUCUUACCCUGAUGGUAGUCCAGCCAAUGGAGUGAUGGUCCGGAUCAAAGCUGAGUUGACUCCAAAGGACAAUGUUUACACCAGUGAAUUACUUUCUCAAGGGGGUAGAGUGGACUUUGAGAUCCCCACAAUCCCUCCCACUGCCCAGUAUGUUUGGCUGGAGACAAAAGUGCUAGCAAUUGAUGGAAAACCUGCUGGGAACCAAUACCUGCCCAACUACUUGUCUAUUAGCAGCUGGUACUCCCCAAGUAAAUGCUACCUACAGCUCCAGGCUCCCGACUCAUCUUUUCAGGUGGGGGAUGAAGUCCGUUUUCCUGUAAAGUCCACCUGUCCUUGUGAUUUUACUUUAUAUUAUGAAGUUGCAUCACGAGGCAACAUUGUGCAGUCAGGCCUGCAGCCUGCGAAUAUCACCCAGCAAAGGAGCAAGAGAGCCGCAUCGCCCUCAGACCAGUCCAGUCAAGUAACCCAUGUCCCGGGAACAACUUCUCCAGAGGCCCCAGGAGCUGAGGUUCAGGUGUGUGUGACAUACCUUCAUCUUCCAAUCACCCCCAGCAUGGCUCCUCUCAGCCGCCUGCUGGCCUACUACGUAAGGGAGAAUGGAGAAGGGGUCACAGACAGUCUGCAGUUGGCCGUCCAAGCCUCAUUCGAAAACAAGGUUUCAGUGACAUUUUCCUCCAAUGAGACAAGACCUGGAGAUGUCGUUGACUUGAAGGUCCGAGCCACUAAAGGGAGCUGUGUCUGCAUUGGGACGGUGGAUAAGAGCAUUUAUCUCCUCAAGACCGGCUUCCAGCUGACGCCUGCCCAGGUUUUCCAGGAAUUAACCGAAUAUGAUGCUUCCGAUACCUUUGGGUCUCCCAAGGAAGAUGGUCAUUUCUGGUGGCCUGGAAUGUCCUCCCAUAGACGUCGCCGACGCUCUUCUGUUUUCCCAUGGCACUGGGAUAUCGCAAAAGAUGCACGAUUUGCAUUUACUGACACUGGGCUGGUGGUCAUGACCGAUUUGGUCAGCUUGAACCACAGGCAGGAUGGGGACAUGUACACAGAUGAGGCUGUGCCAGCCUUUCAGCCACACACGGGGACCCUGGGCAGCACGGCACACUCGAAGGUCCUGCCCAGAGCCGAGAAGAGAAAAAGGACCUUCUUCCCUGAAACCUGGAUGUGGCAUUGUCUAAAUAUCAGUGAUCUUUCAGGCGAGGAGACCCUUCGAGUGGAAGUGCCUGACUCCAUCACAACUUGGGUAACUGAAGCUGUUGGUUUAUCUACAGUGAGCGGACUGGGGAUUGCCAAACCAACCGAACUGAAAACCUUUAAACCCUUCUUCAUAGAAUUCACUCUUCCGUACCAUGUCAUCAGAGGGGAGCAAACCAAGAUCCCUCUCAGUGUCUACAAUUACUUGGCCAUUUGUGUGGAGGUUUAUGUGAAAAUUUCCGUUCCCAAAGGCAUAAAAUUUGUUGGGCAUCCUGGUAAACACCAUCUGACAAGGAAAAAAUGUGUGGCACCUGGGGAAGCAAAACCCACUUCCAUAGUGUUGUCUUUCAGUGAACUUGGCCUCAGCAACAUCACAGCAAAAGCAUUUGCUUAUGAUGAAACAAACUGUUGUCAAGGCAAUUUUCAGAUCCCCAAAGGCAGCAAACAUCCAGAGGAUAAUUACUUUGACAAAAGAACUCCAGUUGGGACAGAUUACAUCAGAAGUAGUGUCAUUAUUGAGCCAGAGGGACUAGCAAGAGAAUAUACCUAUAGUGUAUUCUUCUGCCCCAAUGCUCGAGAGAUGGAUUUGGUUGUUGUCACUGUGUUACUGAUGCUGAUGUCCUUGCAGCUAUUAUUCUUGCUGCUUAUGGUGCUAUUGUAA